AUGGCGGACAUCCAGGAAAAGCCCCAGCAGACCAACGAGGAGGCUACUUCCUCGCCGGAGAUCGAAGAGCACGUGAGCGGCAUGCAAUAUGUGAUGACUCGGAUUCCGACUCUGGUGCCGCCCAUGAGGCCGGCUCCGAACCCUUUCAAGGCGCUCGCGCUGCUGAAUAGACAGCAAUGGCUAUUCUUCUUGGUCGCCUUCCUCGGAUGGACAUGGGAUGCCUAUGAUUUCUUUAGUGUCUCUCUGACUGCUACGGACAUGGCGAAAACCUUUGAUACCUCGGUCACAGAAAUCACUUGGGGCAUCACCCUCGUGCUCAUGCUGCGGUCUGUCGGCGCCAUCAUCUUCGGUAUCGCGUCUGAUCGCUAUGGACGCAAAUGGCCGUUUGUCGUCAAUCUGGUUCUGUUUAUUGUCCUCGAGCUGGGAGCCGGCUUCGCCCAGACCUACCGCCAGUUCCUGGCCUGCCGCGCAUUGUUCGGGAUUGCUAUGGGCGGUCUCUACGGGAACGCCGCUGCCACCGCGCUCGAAGACUGUCCCCCCGAGGCCCGCGGCAUUGUUUCCGGUCUGCUGCAGCAGGGCUACGCGUUUGGCUACUUGCUUACUACUGCGUUUGCGCGUGGCUUGGUCAAUACCACCUCGCAUGGCUGGCGCCCUCUGUACUGGUUCGGGGCGUGCCCGCCUGUUCUCAUUAUUGCUUUCCGUCUGUGUCUGCCAGAGACUGAUACCUUUAUAAGGCGACAGGCGAUGCGGGAGCAAGUGAGGGGUGGUGUAGCCAAGUCCUUCGUAGAGGAGGGCAAGGUCGCGCUCAAGCGUCACUGGCUGCUAUUGAUCUAUAUGGUGCUGCUGAUGGCGGGCUUUAACUUUAUGUCGCAUGGAUCGCAAGAUCUCUACCCGACCAUGCUGGAAGACCAAUUCAAUUUCUCUUCCAACGCCGUCACCGUCACUCAAGUGGUCGCCAACCUGGGCGCGCUGUCGGGCGGCACGCUGUGCGGCUGGGCUAGUCAGAUCUUCGGCCGGCGGUUCUCGAUCAUCGUGAUCUCCAUCGUCGGCGGCGCGCUGUUGUACCCAUACACGUUUGUGGAGAACCACUCGGUGAUGGCGGCCGCCUUCUUCGAGCAGUUCAUGGUUCAGGGUGCCUGGGGUGUGAUCCCCAUCCACCUGAUGGAGCUAUCCCCGGGUCCCAUCCGCACUUUUGUCGUCGGUACCUCGUACCAACUGGGUAAUCUGGUGUCGUCGGCGAGUUCGACCAUUGAGUCGACCAUCGGCGAGCGCUUCCCGCUGCCUCCGACCAAGGAGGCGGCCCAUCGCUACGCGUAUGGCAAGGUCAUUUGUAUCUUCAUGGGAUGUGUCUUUGCGUACACGAUUCUUAUCACCUUGGUCGGUCCCGAGCAUCUCGGCCGCGAGUUUGACGUCGAGCAUGAUUCUGAUUUGGCGGAGGUUGCUGCCCACCGUGGCUUGGAGAACCCUGUUGAUGAUGUUAGUGACCCCGAGAAGGGGGCCGCUAAGCAGUAG